GCAUUCAUCUUUUUGGUACUUUUAUUGCACAUACACAACUUUCUGCGAAUUUCCUUCAAGCCGAUACGUUUUCAGUGCUUCUUCACCAUGGCCGCUCUUCAAUUAACAAACCGUUCUUUGAACACGCCUUUUUUCUCCCUCCGCUCUUUCCUCCCCACUCUUCGCUCUUCGUGGUCAACUCCGUGCGAAGCCUCUUCAAGCUCUUCCACUCUUUCAUCCUCCCUGGUUGCACAUGCUCCAUCAACCUCCUCUCCCUCAUUAUCAUCACUUUUCCCCUCCUUCUCUCUCGAAUCCCUUCUCGAACUCAUUCCUCCGUUUUUGUGGGCCAGUGUACCCAAGAAAAAGGUUUCACACUCCAGGAAGAACAUGAGAGCUGCGAACAAGGGAUUGAAGAACAAGACAAAUUUGUCACUGUGCCCAGCUUGCGGUUCCAUCAAAUUGACACAUCACGUCUGUCCUACUUGCUAUUCCCAAAUAUCUCGACGAUGGAAGGAAGAAGCUCGUAAUCAACUCCCCUCCGCUCUCCACUCUCAUCCAUGAUACGUUCGAUGCAUUAUGAUGAAGCUGCAAGAAGACAGCAUAGUAAUGGUA